GUUAAAACAUGUGAAUAGUUGAAACAGAACAUCCAGGUAUGAUGAGAAAAUUGAGCUAUUCAAUUGCGCUAUUUUUUAAAAUACCAUAUUGUAACAUAUCUCAUAAAUUAUGGCUCGUACAAAGCAAACUGCUCGUAAAUCGACUGGUGGUAAGGCACCACGAAAACAAUUGGCUACCAAAGCCGCACGUAAAAGUGCACCAGCUACUGGAGGUGUGAAAAAACCACAUCGUUAUCGUCCAGGAACUGUAGCUUUACGUGAAAUUCGUCGCUACCAAAAGAGUACUGAACUCUUGAUUCGCAAAUUGCCAUUCCAGCGUUUGGUCCGUGAAAUUGCACAAGAUUUCAAAACUGAUUUACGUUUCCAGACUUCUGCUGUAAUGGCUCUUCAAGAAGCUAGCGAAGCAUACUUAGUGGGUCUUUUUGAAGAUACUAACUUAUGCGCAAUUCAUGCCAAACGCGUUACAAUUAUGCCAAAAGAUAUUCAAUUGGCUAGACGUAUUCGUGGAGAAAUUAUGGCUCGUACAAAGCAAACUGCUCGUAAAUCGACUGGUGGUAAGGCACCACGAAAACAAUUGGCUACCAAAGCCGCACGUAAAAGUGCACCAGCUACUGGAGGUGUGAAAAAACCACAUCGUUAUCGUCCAGGAACUGUAGCUUUACGUGAAAUUCGUCGCUACCAAAAGAGUACUGAGCUCUUGAUUCGCAAAUUGCCAUUCCAGCGUUUGGUCCGUGAAAUUGCACAAGAUUUCAAAACUGAUUUACGUUUCCAGAGUUCUGCUGUAAUGGCUCUUCAAGAAGCUAGCGAAGCAUACUUAGUGGGUCUUUUUGAAGAUACUAACUUAUGCGCAAUUCAUGCCAAACGCGUUACAAUUAUGCCAAAAGAUAUUCAAUUGGCUAGACGUAUUCGUGGAGAACGUGCUUAAGAUUGGAAGCAAUAUAAUUUUAUAAAU